CAAGAGGGAAAAAGUGAAAAAAGAAAAAUGCAUUUUUUUUCUUACUAUAAAGUCCAUUGUUCUCAUGGCCGGGAAUGAGCCUUCAUUUUUAAUUCCACCACUUUAUUUCAUGCUAUCAUAAACAACAACAAAAUAAAAUUAGUUUUAUUUUUUGAAAAAAAGAGAGUAUUUAAAUUAAAGUGGUAAUUUAAUUAAUUAAUGAAGGAUAGGGCGGAGAAGCAAUUAAAAGAAUAUAAUUAAUGGGGAUUAAAGGAACAAUAGAUUGUAUUUCAGAUGUUAUGAUGGGCAGCAGUGAGAAGAAGAAGAUGAAGAAGAAAAGGAAACAAAUGCAGACUGUGGAGUUGAAAAUAAGAAUGGAUUGUACCGGUUGUGAGCGUAAAGUCAAAAAUGCCCUGUCUUCUAUUUCCGGGGUAGAAUCGGUGGAAAUAAACCGGAAGGAGCAUAAGGCGACGGUGAGAGGAUACGUGGAGCCAAGCAAGGUGUUAAAGAAGGCAAAGUCAACGGGGAAGAAGGCUGAGAUAUGGCCGUAUGUGCCCUACCACUUGGUGGAUCAGCCCUACGCUGCCGGGGCAUACGACCGGAAGGCGCCGCCGGGAUACGUCCGUUCACUCGAUCCCUUCAACACUCAUAAUAAUGACUCCUUUGAUUCGUACACGUACAUGUUCAGCGACGAAAAUCCCAAUGCAUGCUCCAUCAUGUAGUAGUACUCUAUCAUAUCCCUAC